CGCGCGCAUGCGCAGAGCCGAGAUCGAGCGCAGCCGACGACACGACUCCACUCCUGUCCUCCACCACUGACUACUCGGACGAUCGAUCAUCAGAUCAACACACACAACCGCCAUCAUGUACGCUGCCAGGCUCGCCCUCCCCGCUGCAAGGACUGUCGCUGUCAGGAGCCAGGUUGUGGCCCGCCCCAUGGCUGUGGCCCCUCUGACCCGCAGCUUCCAGACCACCACCACCUCCAAGGACAUUGACUCUGCUGCCAAGUUCAUUGGUGCUGGCGCUGCCACUGUAGGAGUAGCAGGAUCUGGUGCUGGAAUUGGUUCCGUCUUCGGUUCCCUCAUCAUUGGCUAUGCCCGCAACCCCUCCCUCAAGCAGCAGCUCUUCUCUUAUGCCAUUCUGGGUUUUGCCCUGUCUGAGGCUAUGGGUCUGUUCUGUCUUAUGAUGGCCUUCCUGUUGCUUUUUGCCUUCUAAGUGCAACACCUUACUCUGUGGAUGGACGCCCCUUUACCAUCGGGCAGUGGAAAGGCCGGCAUGGUUUUUGUGGACCACUUCCAAUUGCCUAUUGGGCUGAGACGAGAAUGACCAUCAUAAUUCAAUGAUAGGCGUUGGAGUAUCCUUUUGUCCAUGUCGACUUUCCCACUAGGAGAACUUUCCCCAGUUUCUAUAUA